AUGCUAACAAAGCAUGUAACUGCGCUACUGCAUUGGAUUCAUCGUGGUAUUUUUCGUGGUCAUCGAAGGAAGAUAUUCAUGAGGACAAUUACCGUAUUCUGUGAAGUGCAUAGACUCAGUUCAAAGGAGACUGCCCAAAAGACGAUCCUCAUCGACAGUGCUCCACUAAGAAUUCUCCACGAAAAAGUGUCGCUAACGGUUCAAGCUCCACAAAAACCCACGGACGAGACAACCAGAUCAUCUUCAAAUGAUUCUGAGUCGUCAACAAUAAACUCAACACCUACAUGUGCUCAACUUGUUGAACAGAAACUCCAAGAAAUCACGCAAGAAGUUGAAAGUUUGGCCGCUGUAGCAGCAAAGAACGCGGCUGCAGCAAAUACUGAAGAGUACAGAGCACAACGUGCAACAUCUGAAGUGAGCUCGUCAUCGUUGGCUGCUUCUGAAGGCUAUCGUACACCUGAACAAUCACUAAGAAUUGAAGUCUGCACACCACCAGUUACAAAACCUCGUCAAAUUUUCUUGUCCCCAAGCGGUUCCCGUCACUUAACGCCCAACUCUGAAUCGCCACAAUCACAACGUCUUCCACCACCGCAACCACCACCAAAACCUGUUGUCGAUUUGAGAUUACUGGCUGAAACUACCCAUCGACUGAUUGAAGGGGUCCCAGAAAACACUGCCAUGCAACGUGUACCAUUUCCGGAAAAAAAUCGUGAAAGCCUAGCCGAUCGUCUUAGUAAAGGAAUCCAUGACCUCACUCAGGGAUCAAGUGAUCGUCUUCAACGAUGGAAAAGCAAGCUGCAAAGUGGUAAUCACGUCAGAAGACAGAAAGACCAAAGUGAACCGCCACCGUUGAGAAGGCCACCGAUGCGUGUUUCGGAUUCGGACACGGUGUCCGAUUGGAGUGACAGAUACCCUCGCCCUCUUCAUCCCUCACGUUCCGCUUCCAAUGCGUUACAGAUUAAUCAUUUCGUCACAGGCCAAAACUUUGGGUACGUUUUACUUGUUACACUUUAA